AUGGCUACUCAACCCUCCAAUUCUUAUUCGCUCCCUAGUGCUCUCCCUCACAACUCCGCCACCAAUUCCCAUCAAGUUCCCCAAAAUACCUCUACAGCCAAAUCCUGGCGCAAUCGGUUCAAUUCCUUAAAUAUCAGUAACACAAAUUCUACAUCGCGUAGUGCGGAGGCGCCCAAUGAAUAUGAUGGUCUGCAGGCAGCGAACACAAAUGCUUCCGCGAAAAGCAAACAUGUCCCGAAAUGGUAUAAAAUUAGAUUUUUUAGAGGCAUGGUCAAUGAUUUGAAGAGAAGGGCGCCAUAUUACUGGAGUGAUUGGACGGAUGCUUGGGAUUAUAGAGUUGUGCCGGCCACGAUCUAUAUGUAUUUUGCGAAUAUCUUGCCUGCACUGGCUUUUUCUUUGGAUAUGUUUACAAAGACGAAUAUGAGUUAUGGAGUCAAUGAAGUCCUCCUUGCUUCGGUCUUGGGAUCAGUGGUUUUCUCUGUAUUUGCCGCUCAACCUUUGGUUAUUGUAGGGGUUACCGGGCCAAUCACUGUGUUCAACUAUACUGUUUACGAUAUUAUUGUUCCCACGGGGGCAAAUUAUUUUGCAUUUUUAGCACUAAUCGGAUUAUGGUCCCUAGUGAUGCAUUGGAUACUCGCCAUUACCAAUUCAUGCAAUGGACUUCGUUAUGUCACGCGUUUUUCUUGCGAUAUCUUUGGAUUCUACGUAGCUUUCAUCUACCUUCAGAAAGGUAUUCAAGUCCUUACCCGUCAAGGCUCGGGUGAGCCGUUCUACCUUUCUAUUGUUAUUGCUCUACUCGUCACCAUCGUUGCAUUCUUGUGCGGUGUUAUUGGAGACAGUCCAUUGUUUCAACACUAUGUUCGAGUUUUUAUCAAAGAUUACGGAACUCCUCUUACUAUCAUAUUUUUUACUGGCUUUGUACACAUUGGUAAGAUGGGAGAUGUAGAUCUAAGUACACUACCUACCAGUAGAGCCUUCUAUCCGACAACCGAUCGAGGGUGGUUUGUACAUUUUUGGGACGUUAGAGUUUCGGAUGUUUUUAUUGCUAUACCAUUUGCCAUUUUACUCACAAUCUUGUUUUACUUCGAUCAUAAUGUAUCUUCUCUGAUAGCCCAAGGAACUGAAUUUCCCCUUCGAAAGCCUGCUGGUUUCCACUGGGACAUUUUUCUCCUCGGUUUAACGACCGGUAUAGCAGGCCUGUUGGGAAUUCCUUUUCCGAACGGUCUUAUUCCACAAGCUCCAUUCCACACUGAGUCUCUUUGCGUCACCAAACUUGUUGCCGAUACCGACGAAUCAGGAGACUCAAAGGGUCAUCUCAAAACAGUUAAAUCCCACGUCGUCGAGCAACGAGUGAGCAAUCUAGCCCAAGGUCUCUUAACCCUAGGAACCAUGACUGGCCCACUCCUCAUAGUCAUUCAUCUCAUACCCCAAGGUGUCUUGGCAGGUCUCUUCUUCGUUAUGGGUAUCCAAGCUCUCCUCGGCAAUGGCAUAACUACUAAAAUUCUCUUCCUUCUCAAAGAUUCCUCUUUGACUCCAUCGUCUGAUCCCUUACGACAUCUUCCCCGCAGAUCGGCCAUCUGGAUAUUCGUCGCAAUCCAACUCUUUGGCUUCGGAGCCACAAUCUGGGCGCUACCAAGGUGGUUCACGAAAGAAGAAUUGAGUGUAUUGGAUGGAGCGACAGCGAGUCCGUUUACGAUGAUUAGUGUGGGGGGUAAUCAUGGAGAAGAGAUUGAGGAGGAGGGAUUCUCGACUGGUGCUGAUGUUGGUCGGGAGGGUGUACUGGCGAAUAAUAAUUCUGGAGAAAGUGGAGGAAAUGGGAAAGGAGUGCUGGAAACAGAGGGUGAUAGUGAUGAAGGACGAGCCGAGCGAGGAGAAUUUCAAGCAGGUGGUCCUGGUUCGGGAAUGGCGAGGAGGAGAGAAAGUUGGAAAGGUGAAGGGAGGAGUGGGGGGUUGGGCGAGGGUAUGGAGUUACAGAAUCUAGGCAUGAGUAAGAGGAGUGUCAGUCGACAAGCCGAAUAG